AUGUCGCCGACCAGCCUGCGCCAUCCGAACGGCAUCAACGGCUGGGAGCCGAGCCGGUCCGCAGACAGGGCGCAUCCCCCGGUCACACUCGGUCCCGCCGCCGCGGCGCCGAUCUCCGCGGUGACGCAGGUGUCCGACCGUUCCCUGAACGCCUACCAAAGUCCCGCUCUAGCUCUCAGCUUCGGGACCCGCGACCCUCUAGUGACCGAUAAAAGAGGCAGCGUCUCCCCACAAACCAAGUUCGUUUUACCCCUGGGGAUGCAGGAGCCCCGGGAUAUGCGCCCUUCAGCAUCUUGGAGAGCAUUCGGUGGUCACCCCACCUGUCCCAAAGACGAUGUUCGGUCACCCCAGUUCCCAACAUAUCCCACGAAGGCUUGCACCCUGGAAUGUGAAGGGAAACUGCCUUCUCUCAAGACCUGGGAAACUUGCAAGGAGCUCCUGAAGCUGACCCAGCUGGAGAUUCCUCAAGACGGCACCAGCGCCCUCAGAGAGAGCAGCCCCGAGGAGAGCCACGCGCUAGCCAAAAAGUACGGGGGCUUCAUGAAAAGGUAUGGAGGCUUCAUGAAGAAAAUGGAUGAGCUGUAUCCGCAGGAGCCGGAAGAAGAGGCCCCCGCGGGGGAGAUCCUGGCCAAGAGAUACGGGGGCUUCAUGAAGAAGGACGCCGAGGAGGAGGAGGACGCCCUGGCCAGUUCCUCGGACCUGCUGAAAGAGCUGCUGGGGCCUGGGGAGACCCGAGACGGCGGCCGCCACCGUGAGGGCGGUGAUGAUGAAGACGUGAGCAAGAGCUACGGGGGCUUCAUGAGAGCCUUGAAGGGCAGCCCCCAACUGGCGCAAGAAGCCAAGAUGCUGCAGAAGCGGUACGGGGGCUUCAUGAGAAGAGUCGGUCGGCCCGAGUGGUGGAUGGACUACCAGAAAAGGUACGGGGGCUUCCUCAAGCGCUUUGCCGACUCUCUGCCCUCCGACGAAGAAGGCGAAAGCUACUCCAAAGAAGUUCCCGAUGUGGAGAAGAGAUACAGAGGAUUUACGAGAUUCUGA